AUUUCAACCUAAAUGUUACUAUUGCACGAUGUGAUGCGGUUUUUCCGGUGAUUUCUAUUGAUUGAAUGAAAAUUCAUUGUUAAUGUUGUGUACUUGAUACUUCUGACGAAGAUUCAUCUUGUUAACCAAACAAACUGCUAAUUCUGUAUUGCAGUAACAUGAUUGAAAGAUGGAGUUCAAAAUGUUCGGAUAUUCACAUUGUUUUCAAAGUUGAAGAAACUGUAAACUGGAUCAAAUCGAAUAAAUUCACUAAGGUUGGUUUACAAUUCCCAGAUGAACUUUUGGGAAUUUCAGUUGUAAUAUGUAGACAAUUAAAUACUUUGACUGAUAGUUUAUGCGUUAUUCUUGGAGACAGUUCAUUUGCAAGUUGUUGUGUCGAUGAGAUAUCUGGUCAACAUAUUGAAGUUAAUGCAGUUGUACAUUACGGUCAAGCUUGUCUAUCAGAAAAUACACGACGUAUACCUGUGUUUUAUGUAUUUGGCAAGUAUUCACCAUGUAUUCCAGCUGAGAUACAAUCAUUUGAACAAAUUUUACAUAACUUAAUUGAAAAAAUUCAAUCCUAUUCAGAAGAUACAUCAUUUCUUGUGAUUACUUACGACUUCCGUUUCAAAGAUAUCGCUGACAGAUUCUAUAAAGAGUUAAUACUCAUGUGUGACUCAAUUGGAAUUAAAUCUCUUCAUUUAAUUUGGUCUGAACCAUAUUUUAGUACAUCAGAUACAAGAAUUCAAGCUAUCUCUGAUGGUAAUAAUAAUACAAACAAAUUUAUUCGUUGUGGAAGAUUAUUUAUUCCUUUUCAGUCUGAAUUGACUAUUACAAGCAAUAUUAAUGAACAUAGUUGGAAUAUGUUGUAUAUUGGACAUAUGACAGCUAAUAAUUCUGAUCUGCUUCCUUUAUAUCGUAUUCUACUUUCUCUACCUGAAGUCAAUCCAUCUAAAACUCAUAUUUUUGAUCCAAUCACUUGUAAUCUAGAUGUAUCUGGUAUACAAGUGAAUCGAUUAUUAAAGAGGAGAUCAUAUUUGAUUGAAAGAGCAAAAGAUGCACAAUGUAUAGGGAUUCUCGUUUGUACAUUGUCAGUAAAAAGCUAUCAAAACAUAAUUGAUCGUUUAAAACAAUUAUUGAAACGUGCUGGACGUUCAUAUAUCACAUUAAUAGUUGGUAAAUUGAAUGAAGCAAAAUUAGCUAAUAUACCUGAAUUACAAUUGUUUAUUCUAGUUGCUUGCCCUGAAACUAGCCUAUUAGAUUCACAUGAUUUUCAUAUACCAAUUAUUACACCAUUUGAAAUGGAAUGUGCUUUACGAUCAUGUAGUAUAACUGAAAAGUUAUUGAAUCGAAUAGAUGAGCGUACUUGGACAGCAGAGAAACUUUGGUUAGAUUUCUGUGAUCUGUUACCAGGUGGUCGAGCUUAUGUUCCAAUCGAAGAUGUUAUUCCUCAACUGACUGAGUCGUUAGCAGAUGUAUCAUUAGUGAAUGGACAUAGUCGAUUGAUUCCAGCAAAUAUUUCUGACAAUAAUCAUCAAGAGGCUUGUUCUGGUUCAGAUUCUCUAGUAGUUGUUCAACCAUCAGGUGAUCUAAUUCAAUCUAGUCAUUGGAAUAUAGCUAAUAAUCAGAUUACUCGAACAUGGUAUGGUUUAGAUCCAAAGAUUGGUCAGACAACAGUAGCACAUAUUAAAGAUGGCCGUACUGGUUUACCAACUCAAUAUACACAUGAACAUGAAGUCAAUUCACUAGAUUGAUUUUCACACCCUCGCACUCCCUUCUUUGUAAUUAAAUUGAACUUUAUUGUAUCAUAUUCUGAUGUAUUACUGCUUGUUAUACUAAUUUUCUUUUGUGAAUAAACACAGUGAUAUCCUA